GGCAUGACUAUCAAACCCCUGGUGGACCUGUUGGCCGUGAAGAAGAAGCAGGAGGCCAAGCGCUCCAUCAAUGAGGAGAUCCACACCCAGUUCCUGGACCACCUGCUGACUGGCAUUGAGGACAUCUGUGGACACUACGGCCAUCACCACUGGAAAGACAAGCUAAACCGCUUCAACAAGAAGUACAUAAAGAAGUGCCUGAUCGCGGGCGAGCGCUACAAGGAGCCGCAGCUCAUCGCCUUCUACCACAAGAUGGAGUUCAAGCAGGCCAUCGAGCUGGUGGAGAGUGGCGGGGGCGUCAAGCUGCCCUCCGCCGUGCCCUCGCAGGUCUCCAUGCAGAACAUCCAGCCCAAGAAGCUGCCGCCCCCUGUAGCAGAGCGGGCCCUGCCUCAGUUCACCAAGGGCCGUGAGGAGGAGAUCAGGAAGAUCCUCAGGAGCAACCUGCAGAAGACCCGCCAGAGGCUGCGCUCCUACAACAGACACACUCUGGUGGCCGAUCCCUUCGAGGACGGAUGGAACGACUUCCUCCUGAAGAAGCAGAGGUUGAUCGAGCUAGAAAAGAAGAUGACAGAGAUGAGUAACUACCUCACAGUCCCUGGCGCAAUUCCUGACUCCCCCACCAUGUGCAGAGCCAGACUGGCCUCGGACCCCAACGCCUUCUACAACAUCAAGGCGUCUUCAGACGGCGUCCCCACCAUCCAGGUGGACCUGGCCUCCCCCCAGUCCCCGGACUCUGUCAACAUGCUGAACGAGUUCUCCAAGGAGGGUGCCACGGGCCAGGGCCUGGGUCAGAGGGAGGGUGCCACGGGCCAGGGUCAGAGGGAGGGUGCCACGGGCCAGGGUCAGAGGGAGGGUGCCACGGGCCUGGGUCAGAGGGAGGGGGCUGACCGGGAUGAGGAUCGAGGUCUGAUGAUGAAGCCGGCCGGGAAAGGAGAGAAGGGAGAGGAAGAGGGGGGCAACAAGAACCCAGGGCUGAUGAGGUGUCUGAGUGACCCGGGACCCAGUAAUGAGGAUGAGGAGGAUGAACCAUUCCUUCCCUAAAAACAACAACUAGCUCCUCCCAUUGCGAGGAAUAGGGAGGGGCCUGGUUGUAGCGGCUCCUCCCCAUGAGCGGGGCACUACAGGGGAAAGGUCCACCUCCUCUCACUCCACCACCACCUCAUUUGAGUUUGCUAUCCCAUUGGUUGAGGAACAAAUAAAGCCAAAACUGUUAAGAAAGGACUUGGGACAUAACUUGAUUUAUGAACCAAAAGAGAAAAGGAUACUAAAUUGUUUAAGUGAUAGGAAGGCAGUCGCCACCUUGGCUGAUCUUGGGCUUGGUGGGAAUUAUCCCUAAAGACAGGGGAACAUAAUUAUGCGUUACCAAAGGGUUGGACUGGUUUAGUCACAGACGAUGUUCCACAUUUUGUCUUCAUAACGUUUACGAUCGGUCUUCUACUUUCAAGAAAAGUUGGCCUCAUUUUAUUUUUUUUGUCAGACAGAGUAAACCCCUUUUCACUAGGUGCAUUGUAUCACACAAUUCACCUCUUAAACGGCAUGUUUUUAAUUUCAGGGUUGAUAUGAGGCUGUUGUUUAUGUGGUUGUCUUUUGUCAUCGUUUGUCCUUCAGUUGGUCAGGGUUCUACGUGGUGUACACUGGAUGUACUUCACACUGUAAUGUCUGUCGAGUUUAGCACAGUCAAAACCCCUUUCUUCACCACCUCGCCUAUGGAGACCCUAAGUCUAAGGAAUGUGUCAAUCGCCACACUUGGAAAUGUUACAUCGCCGUUUAAAGCGUCGCCUCUCUAUUUUAAUCGAACAUACAAAAUCGGCAGCAUCGCUGAGAUGUGUAUGCUGUGCAGUAGAAGAUAAUUUACAUACAAGAAGGAUUGUGAUGCAACACCAAGAGAUUUGUUGAUCUUGAAUGGACUUCACUCCCCUAUAGAAGCCGAUCCCUAAAAUCACAGCAAAUACUGUUAUACUCCUGGCACCCAGCCAAAAAAACUGUUUUGAGUUCAAAUAAUUUACAAAGACAAAUUUGUAUUGUGCACUGUAGUGGACAUAAAGAAAAAGUUGAUAGUAAAUAUGAAACAUGUAUAUUACAGUUAAUGGGUACAGUAGGUAAACAUAGUUGUCACAUCCUGAUGUCUACUACAGAGGGCAUUUAUAAAAACUCGUAUUGAAUUUGGGGAAAAAUGGUUACACUGCUCUGAAAACCUUCCACAUUCUUUCUAAGAUAUUUACUAGAAGGAAUUUCAAUUCAAACUCACAAAAAUGACAAUUACACAAAUACAUACACUUACCUUCUUACCACAGCAUAUGCUAAUUGUGUUGGCAGCCAUUUUGAAAAUCCAGGAAGAGAACGUUAUCUAGGCCACACCCCCACCCAUGUGAUAUCAUUGGAUAAACCCAGAAUGUCCUACAACAGGACUUAACACAGUGGCAUGUCAAAGAGAGUGGACAAAAAUGAAUAGUUGGGUCUCAGGAGGAUAUGUUACAAGUUCCCUUUAAGAAAAGGCUCUAGUAUGGGCCAUUUCAGAACCAUUUUGUGGCGGUUUUCUCCAUAUUCUCUUGUCCGUAGUCACAUUUUAUGACUGAUCUAUUCUCUCUUUGCACCUUAUUCACAUCAAGUAUUUUUGACAUUUUUAAAAGACCCCGUUGCCGGUUUAACGUUCCUCAUUUGGUUUUUAGCACUCCCCUUUUGAAAAUGUAGUGUUCCAUAGCCAUUUUGGAGUUUUAGGCAUCACUGUGAAGGAUAUGUGGGUGGACUGAACAGAUCUUUUGUCGUCUAACCACCUCAAUGGCCCAGAAUAUAUAUUUACGCGUCCACCAUCACAGGGAUGUUGACUUUGUCAAUCCACAACAGACACAAUCAUGACACGCAGGUUAAAAUAUCAAAACCAACGAUGUUAAUUUGGGGCAGGUCGAAACACACAUUAAAAAUUCAUAGACAUUUAACCAGCUAGCUAGUUUAUCCUAGGAGAUGGACAUCGGGUUGUUAUUAUACCUGACAUGCAUACGGUCCGAUUAUUAGCUGGUUCAUGGUAGAAUUUUUGACCCGGAGUCAAAAUCGUGCAUCACUACUCCGAUGAAUCCACAGUUAAAAAGGGAAACCUAGUUAGUUUUUCAGUUCGUUAUCCCUAGUUAAUCGCUCCUCGUUUUGUCUUUCUUGCUUUCGCGUGGGUUUGUGUCUUCCUGAUAUCCAAUAAGGAGGGGACUUGCAGGGCGACCAAUGGAGCCAAGUUCCAUUUUAGCGCUUGGCUACGCAGACGCUUGGUCACAUACGCGAGCACCGAAUGCCCAACGAGGUUUGCAUGUUAUUUAAAAUGCUGCCCUGGCGAUACAGGCAUGGGCAGAAGUAGCAGUUCAAUGCAGUAUAUUGGUGUGAAAUGUGUAUAGCGCUAUAUUGAUUAUAACCAUUUAAUUGAACGAUGCCCUUUUUAAAGCAUAUGCCAUGAUGUGAUCUUGUCAAUGCUAGUUGUAAGCAAAUACACAUCUGAACGCAAGAGCCAACACCUAUUCUGCUCGGCACAACUAAGGCUAAUCUAGGGUUUGUAUACAACUAUGAAAACCUUGUCAUGUACAGUAUAUGGUUGUAUAGGUAUUAUGUAUACAGUGCAUUGCUUCUCUUUUCUACACCAAGCCUUAGGAUCAAUAGGAGUAACUCAUUUGAUUUGAAAAGGCUGUUGGCUAUAUUGUCAAUGUGAUUACUGUUGUUCAUCGAUCUGAACAUCUCAACGGGACAUUCAACCACUUUUAGGUGCAAAGUAAAUUGCACCUAACAUUGAUUCAAUAGCGUAGCAACCCCUCGUCCCACCUACUGUAUAACCAUCUUAGAUUUGUAACAUGAGUGACAACUUUAGCUGGAGUCUGUAACUGUCUCAACUAGAGAAGCCUAAGAUGUCCAAGACCGUGGCCUAGUUUGCUGGCUGUCACCUUGGUGUUAGAAUGACCCUUGUCCCUCUCUGACCUCUGUGUGCUAUCACUUUAUGCCAAGAGAGUAAGAGAGGGGUCUCCUUACAGCUUAGGAGAGAGAGACUCCUUGCAGGUUAGGAGAGAGGUCUCCUUACAUUUUAGGGGAGGAGAGAGAGGUCUCCUUACAGCUUAGAGGAGGAGGGAGGAGAGAGGUCUCCAUACAGCUUAGAGGAGAGAGAGAGAGAGAUCUAUACAGCUUAGAGGAGAGAGGGAGAGAGAGAUCUA